AUGUUUGCAAGAAAUAUUAACAACUUCCUUACUCGCAAUUCAUUGCUUUGUCAAUCUAAGGUAGUUUUGCGUAAUAUUUCGUUUACCACGGUCAAGUACGACAUAGUCAAAAUACAAAGCACAGAUGAUUUCAAGGAUAAGGUGAUAAAUAGCAAAGUUCCAGUUGUUGUUGAUUUCUUUGCUACGUGGUGCAAUCCUUGCAGGCUCUUAACACCACGUCUAGAAUCUAUAAUUUCUGAAAACAAAGGCAAGGUGGUCUUGGCUAAAGUUGACAUUGAUGAACAAACAGACUUAGCUCUAGAUUAUGAAGUGAGCUCUGUUCCUGUGUUGGUAGCUAUUAAGAAUGGGAAAGUUCAGCAACGUCUUGUGGGUUUGCAAGAUACUGACAAGCUACGAAAAUGGGUUGAACAGUUUACGAAUGAAGAAUCUAAAGCUGAAGUAAAGGCA